AUGGCAUGUACUGCUAAGAUCACUAUGGAUGCCAUCAUCUCAGUUUACAAGGGUGGAUUUCUUGGGUUGAAAGCAAGUGUGGUGGAUGUUGGAGGUGGUACUGGUGUCGCAAUAUCUGAGUUUGUGAAGACAUAUCCACAUCUUAAGGGUAUCAACUUUGAUUUACCACAUGUAAUUUCCACUGCGCCGACAUAUGAUGGAGUUACUCAUGUUGUUGGUGACAUGUUUAAGGCCAUCCCUCUUGCAGAAACGAUCUUCAUGAAGGAAAGUUUUGUUAAUUGUUCAUGA